AUUUUUUUCUGGUCAUCUCUCUCUCUCUCUAAAACUCAAGAAGAAUUUCUCUCUCUAGAAAUCUCCUUCGCACUUUCUCUCUCUCUCUCUCUCUUCCUCAAUCGGCGUUUUCAGAGAGAAUGGCAGGAGGGGGUGGUACUCAGAAGAGCAUACGAAAAGUACUUGGAUCCCUCAAGGACACCACCACAGUUUCGUUGGCGAAAGUCAAUAGUGAUUACAAGGAGCUGGACAUUGCGAUAGUCAAGGCAACCAAUCAUGUGGAGCGUCCCGCCAAGGAGAAGUACAUCAGAGCUAUUUUCUCUGCUGUUUGUGCAACGAGACCUCGGGCUGAUGUUGCAUAUUGCAUCCAUGGUCUUGCUAGGAGGCUAGCGAAGACGCAUAACUGGGCGGUUGCAUUGAAAACUCUAGUUGUUAUUCAUCGUGCUUUGAGGGAAGUGGACCCCACCUUUCAUGAAGAACUCAUGAAUUAUGGUAGAAGUAGAAACCAUAUGCUUAACUUGUCUCAUUUCAAAGACGACUCCAGUCCAAAUGCUUGGGAUUAUUCAGCCUGGAUCCGUACUUAUGCUUUGUAUUUGGAGGAGAGAUUGGAGUGUUGUCGUGUGUUGAAAUAUGAUGUUGAGACGGAUCGCCCAAGGACCAAGGAUUUGGACACUGUUGAAUUACUUGAGCAUUUGCCUGCUCUACAACAGCUUCUUUUUCGUGUUCUUGGUUGCCAGCCACAUGGAGCAGCAGUUCAUAAUUUUGUGAUCCAGUUAGCACUUUCGAUGGUUGCUUCAGAGAGCAUCAAGAUUUAUCAAGCUAUUAGUGAUGGAACAGUCAAUUUGGUUGACAAGUUCUUUGAGAUGCAACGCCAUGAUGCUCUGAAGGCUCUGGAUAUAUAUCAGAGGGCAGGACAGCAGGCAGAGAGAUUGUCUGAGUUCUAUGAAGUAUGUAAGAAUCUCGAUAUUGGGCGGGGAGAAAAGUUUAUAAAGAUUGAGCAGCCCCCUGCAUCAUUUUUACAAGCCAUGGAAGAGUAUGUCAAAGAAGCUCCCCGCGUCUCAACAGUUCGCAAGGAGGUGAUUGUUUCUGCCCCCAAGGAAAUCUUGACCAUAGAGUACAAAAAGAACCAAGAAGAGGAGGAAUGUCCACCUUCACCACCUCCUCCUGAAGCAGUGAAAGUGGUAGAACCUGUAGUUGAACCACCUGAUUUGCUGGGUUUGAAUGAUCCUGUUCCAGAUACUGCAGCAUUAGAUGAGAAGAAUGCCAUGGCUUUAGCUAUUGUUCCAGUUUCUGAUCAACCUUCGGCUCAACCUCAAGCAAAUGGAACAGGUUGGGAAUUGGCACUUGUUACAGCCCCAAGCUCAAAUGAGAGUGCUACAGCGGCUAGCAAAUUGGCGGGAGGGUUAGACUUGCUUACACUAGACAGUCUAUACGAUGAUGCAAUAAGAAGAAACAAUCAGAAUGUAAGCUACAAUCCAUGGGAGCAGGCUCCCAUGAAUGGUGGCAUGAUGCAACAACCACUUCAUGAUCCCUUUUACGCAUCCAACACAGUGGCUGCGCCGCCCUCUGUACAGAUGGCAGCAAUGGCCAACCAGCAGCAACAGGCCUUCAUGUAUCAACAACAGCAGAUGAUGAUGAUGGGCCAACAACAACCACAGUCAAUGAAUCCUUUUGGGAAUCCUCAUGGAGCGCCGGCCCACCCCUACGGAGCAGGUGUGCCUGUCCAAGCAUACAAUCCAUACACGGGCCUUUUGUAGAUGGUAUGCCCAAGGAAACACACUUACCAUAUACGGGAAAGAAGGGAACAUGAGAAAAGUCGGUUUUAGAUGCAUCACAAACUCGGAGCCGCAGACCAGACAUGUACCAUAUGUUACAUAUGUGCAGUAGUUAGCUAGGAUUGAUAUUCUUUGUUAAUAAGUAGUGGGAGGGAGGACUUUGAGCUAUCAACAUAUCAUCUUGUUCGGACUACAUGAAAAUUCUUUUAUCCUGCUUUUUCAUUGUUGAGGAUCAAGCAUGGAUUCCUCUCUAUUUUUCUUUCAUUCUUUUCCCGUUUUUUUUCCAUUCCUCCCCUCUGGUCCUGUUAAAGGAUCUAUAUAAUUGAUAGAAAUGAUUUGUAAUUCGUGAUUGUUGAUAAACAGUUGUGUAAAAUGAGAUGUGAUGACACUAAAUUUGGUUCGUGCGCAGCACUACCCUUCA